AUGGACGUUUCUAGAAAUUACAGUAAACAAGUAAUCAAACCUGCUGUUAUACCUAGACUACUCCGAUCAUCAUCUGAUUUAAAGCAAAAGAUUGCUAGAAGAAGAGAAAGUAAUGAAAACCAAGAGAAUUUGAUGACAAAUCAUAUGAGUUACUAUUCAUCUAAAUUACAAAACCCUGAAAAACCACCAACACCCAGACAAUUUGUGUCAUCAAGAAGGAAGAUUUUGGUGGACAGAAACGAUUUUUCUAUUUCUGAAACAACAAGAACAACCCAUGUUUCAGAGAUCCCAGUUCUUGAUUCAAAAACCUCAAAUUCAUCAUCUCAGAUACCUCCAAAUCGUGAAUCAAACGAUUUGGUUUCAUCUCGGGUUACACCUAUCUUUUCAAACACGACUAAUUCAGAUGAAGAACCCCCUUAUGAUCCAAAAACAGAUUGCUUAUCCCCAAAACCAGAGUUUCUUAGUUCCAAUCCUAUUGGUAGAGUUAACAUACUUGAACGAAAAAGGAAUGAAUUAAAACAACGAGCAGAGCAAGAAUCAGAACCAUCUACUUCAAGAAUUGGUACUAAUGAAAGAUCAAACACAAACAAGGGUUCUUCUUCUGAACAUGAAAGUGAAGCUGAAAUAGAAGAAAAACAAGAGGUGGAGGAGAAGAAUGGGAGAAGCUGGAUUUUGCAUCAGGUAUUCAAAUUUCUAGUCCUUCUUGGUUUUGUGGGGUUUUCUGCAUUUUAUAUAUCUUCUAUGAAUGCCCCAAACCCUCCAUUUAAACAAGGAGUUAAGAUUUUGUGGAAAUUCCUGUUCAAAUUAAACACAGAGGUUGAUGAUUUAUUCACUCUCUUUCAUUUGUUUCGGUUUCAUAAUCGAAUGCACAAGUAUAUGUAG